UCCUUCGCCAUAAACGCGUCAAACUCAAAAUCAAACAAAAUGAAAUUCGUCAUUGUAUUCGUUGCUCUCUUCGCUGUCGCCUUUGCCGCCCCAGCCGAUUCUGAUGCGCAAGUCGUGCGCUUCGACUCCGACGUGAAAGCCGAUGGAUUCAACUACGCUUAUGAGACUAGCAAUGGUAUCAAGGAAAAUGCUGAUGCUGUACUCAACGACGUAGGAAGCGAAACCGAGGCCAUUGCUGUCCGUGGCUCAUACAGUUUCGUUGGUGAUGACGGCGUAACCUACACCGUCAACUACAUCGCCGAUGAGAACGGUUUCCAACCUCAGGGUGCUCAUUUGCCCGUUGCCCCAGUGGCUUAA